UUCCUUCUUUCUAUUGCUGUUUUUGUCGAGUCGAAACACCCAGGCGGAACGCAACUAACCACAUCAUCCCCACAGCGGCCCCGUUGGCCUCGUGUAUCACUCCUGGGGCGUCUUCGUCGGGCACGCCGCCGAGAAAAAGUACCUGGACGCCGCCUCGUACUGCCGGAUCGUCCCCAUGCACGUGCAGCAGUGGAUCCACCCGGAGACCGACGAGAUCUUCGUGCUGCCCCCGCGGCCCGUCGAGGAGCCCAGUCGACUCCUGCGCAGCGCGGUCUUCGCGUGGGAGCCCAGUGCCACCUGGGCGGCCGUCCGCGAGGUGCUGGUGGCGGCGCGCGAGAAGCACACGAUCACCAACUUCGUGGGCCUCGCGUGCGGGCCGAUGUUUGGGGCGAGCCCGUCGGCGACGCAGCACGCGCUCGUCUGGAUGAUCAUCCGACUCUUCCGCCGGGACGGCAAGGGCGAGUCGGACGAGCCCUUGGCCUGCUCGCUGCAGGACCCGAUCUACGACGCCCAGGAGAAGCGCCUGCUGAACCUGCUGAAGAUGACCGUCGUCGAGGACCCGCAGGCUUUCCUGGAUGUGGAGGAUUCCUCGAUCGUCUUCACCUGCAACUCGGACGUGCCGGUCAAGGAGAUCGUGCUGGAUAUCGCGCGUCCUGCUAUCAUGAUCAUUGACGAUAUCACACGUAUCAACUCGAUCUACGACCCUGUCACUAAUCGCGUGCUCAAGGCGAUCGGGGACUCGUAUGAGAUGUUUGACUUCCCGGACCAUGAGGCAUUCGGGAAGAUGGCUAUCUACGUGAGAAAGUAGAUGCGCAUCCGAUGACUUGCAUGACCGAGAUGAUGGGAUGGUUGGGAAUGUAUUU